CCUCCAUCCACACACCGAGCAAAACCCAACCUCGCCCCCACCUCCCCCCUACAUCCCACCCACCCCACCACAGUCUUCUCUCGCGCUCCGAGGUCCCAAACCCGGCCAAGCCAAAGCAAGCCCUCGGCCACAACAGCGUCGCUGUAACAGAGGAAGAUAAGGCUCUCUGCCGUUCACGAGAUCGCUGCUGGGAUCUCCGUCGAGGGGUCUCGGGGUUCGGGCGAGGGGGAGGAAGUGGAUUUUAGCGAAUUGAAAGUCCAGAAGCGCGAACGACGCAGCCGUCAGCCGCAACGACAGAAGGCGACGGCGAACAGCUCGGUGAGAAGAGAAGUGAAUAAGAUAAGUGCUGUUCAGAUUAAAUGUACUGUAAUGACGGAUCGAGGUCGCGCGCUCCUUAAAUACCAAUAACAAUUGAUGCAGCCCAUGGCUCACACAGACUCGCAGGGGCGGGCUUUUACAAUGGAUAAAAAAGACGCAGAGAGAUAGAGAUACGGGGCGUCGGGUUCUUCGGCAUUACAGCUCUUGACCACACUGAUUUCUCAUCGGCGUGCCACAACUCUGUCGCUACUGCGCGUGCGAGAAGAGCGCGCGUUUCCCAGUUUUUUUUUUCAAGUUCGAGCCGCUUCGGAUGUACGCUGCGCGUGGACUCCAAGAAGCAGCGGCAAGGAGUGGUGGUGCUGGUGGUGCUGGUGGUUGGUGGUGGAGGCGAGGAGAGAGUCGAGGGCUGGUGGCGGUUGCUGGCGAGAAGAGAUUUUCCUGCGGGCCACUUCUUCUUCGCCUGAGAGGCAGGCACACUUAGGAGCGCCGUGAUGAGCGUUCCCGGAGUCGUUCCGGGCGCCGCGCAGUGUGGUGCCGCGUUGCUGCGAAUCCAUCUGCCCGUACUGCUGCUGCUGCUCUUAAACGGCUUAUUAGAAGCUGCCAAAGUCUCUUCGGAUUCCAGUCGAAUGUCCACCAAUUCCGUGUUUAACUAUGAACUCUUAAAUGCGGAGACCUCCUUCUUUCUUAAGCAAAUGAACGAAGACAUUGAGAUCGACCCCACGACAUUGCAAGUGCAUGCCCAGCCCUUCUUUGUCUUCAGUACCAGCAUGCAACCUAUCUUCAACGUCACCUAUGGACCUUUCUCUACGUGGAAGCCAGUACCUAUGUCUAUUCAUGGACUCAGAAACCCAUCACAGCAGCAGAGUUUAUCUGAUCUGAAUACCAACUGGAAGCUCAAGUCCUUUCUUACGGAGAACAUUAUUUUCUCAAACAGGCCAAUAAUUCAGGUUUUAUUUUGUCUUCUGGGGCGAGACUGGGAUAAAAACAGCGCUUCUGAAAAAAUGCCGUGUGUUGACCUGCACGUUUUCUUUGGAGCCCAGGAGCUGAGGACAUCCUGCCAGUUGAAAGGAAAGUUGGGAAUGUGUUUAGGAGAGAUCAAUUUACCAUCCGGCUGGUUUUUGCCAGGUGAUCUGACAUCCAAUGGAGAUUCUCCCGAGUCGCUGCCAGUGGAUUUGUACUACGCCCUGAGGAGCCCCGAUGAGUCUGGAAAUUGUGCACCCGCGGGUAGCCAAGGGCUCACAUAUGUCCACGUUCUCGGCAAGGAAGAAACCCGGACAGAUCUACAAUGGGUUGGAAGUGUACAGCUGCUGCAAACUCCAAAGUCACCACCUUGCCAUGAGGUCAGGUUGGAUGACAAUGUGGUGAUCUACCUGCCAGCCAGAUCUAUCAGACAUGGGGAGAUUAUACGCAUUCCUGUGGGGCUCCUGAAAAAUUCCAGCGUGGAACACUUUGCCCUAAGGGUCAAAGGCAAGAAAGGCGUGAACCUCCUGGAAAUUCACCCCAGCAAUCCAGAAGUGUGGGCAGUCAACAAGGAGAUCAACAGUGGAGCAAAGCACACAACGAUCCUGGUGGAAGUCAGCAAGAUGCCCUCUCCACCUGCGGCUAGUGCCAGUGGAGAGACGGGCAGCGCGGAGAUCCUACAGCUGGAGUUCGAGCUGGAGAACAUCACCAGCCAGACGGUGACGCGGCGCAUCCUGUGGCACGUGGCCUACGAUGGGCAGAGCGCGCCUUCCGAGCAUGAUCGCAUCACCAGUGAGCUGACUGUCAGCCAGCACGACAUUGUGGGCUUGGUGGCGAUAGCUCCGGCGGAGGAGCUGCUCAACACGGCGGUGCUCACGGGCCGCACCGUGGCGCUGCCGCUGCGAGUGCUCGUCGUGGAGGAGAGCGGCCUCGUGACCGACGUCUCCGAGGAGGCGCAGUGCUACUCGCUCGACGAGGACGUGCUCAAGGUGUCAGCAGGCUGCGAGUACGCGUACGUCAAUGGCAAGGAGAGACAGGGCUCCACGCGGGCUCGCGUUCACGUCAGCUACGAGCACAUGCGCGCCUCCCUGGAUCUGACCGUCUGGAUGCCAAAGCUGCCCCUGCAAAUACAGAUCUCUGACACCGUACUCAACCCCAUCAAUGGAUGGCAGACACUUGGACCCUCCACAGGAAGGAAACCUCCGGACAAGAAUUGCCUCCCGCAGUACCAACACGCGGCGCUGCGCGUGUACACGCGGUUCUUCUCCGACGCCCUCGAAGAGGGCGAUCGAGUCGCCUACCUCGCGGGUCCCGGCUGGACGCUCGACGUGACCGCGCUGGUCCGGGAGAACGUCAUCGUGAAGGACCAGAAAGUGGCCAGCAUCGGCGACGGCGACGUUCUCAUCGGAACGGCGCCCGGUUCUACCAUGCUGCAGGUGCUGUCCCCGCUGUCAGACUCGAUCCUGGGGGAGCGCGCGGUGACGGUGAGCGAGGAGAAGGUCUCCGUGAGCGGGCUGCACGUGACUCUGCUCUCGGGCCUCUCCCUGUCGCUGCGAGCCAGCAGCAGCGAGCCGAGCGUCGUCGUCGCCAGCACCACGGGGCUCGGCAUCUUCACGGCCAGCAAGCAGAAAGGAACGCUGCGUGCUUGGAUACAAUUCAGUGAUGGCACCACUCCGCCUCUCCACCUUUACCAGCCCAAGGAUUACAACAUCGUCGUUAGCACAUUGCAGAAACAUAUCCUGUCCAUUGACGUGAAUCCCCACUCACCCAUGCCAAUGAUAAUAGCGGAAGGCGAGGGUAAUGGGAGGAUAAAAGUGGAACUAAAAAAUGCGCACGUGUGCCAGAAUUCCGUGGAGCCAAGUACAUUGAUAACAUCUGCAAUAUUCGUACCAGUUAACUUUAUCGAUCUGGGAGGCCAGCCGUUGGAAAAUGACGCACAACCUAGCACCUCAUCCAACACUGACAUUGGAAGGACACACCCUGGCCAGUGGAAUAAUGGUAACGAUGGAUCUCAGGACAGAAGAGGCUCUGUAGACAAUGAGAAACCUGCGGACAACCGUAACAUCCCUGACACGAGUCCUUCGGGAAACAAAGACCUCGAGGAACAGCUGUCACAAAAGCCCCGUCGCCUAUCUGACCUGCAAAUAGGAAUGUACACUUUGUUGAGUGUAUUCUGCCUGGCCAUACUGAUGUUCCUGGUGAACUGCUUGUUCUACGCAGUACAGUACAGGAAAAGGCACACGCGGAGGGGUCAACAGGAAGAGAUGGCCCAUUCUCACGAAUGGGUCUCCCUCAAAAAUUCAAGCAGCACAAUUAGUGCAAGGGCCUUAGACGCCAAGGAGCCGUACCCUGCCACCGUCAAUCACAUCGUCGAUGACGGAGGCUUCGGAAGUGGCAGCAGCCCAAAGAUUUACAUCCAAACGCAUCGACACAGGCAUGCACUCGAAGCGCCUCCGCAGUCGGAAGAGUCGCACCGCAAGUUCGACCUGUCCACGUCGCCCACGUCGCAGAGGAAAAAAGUGACAUUUGCCACCUUCACGGCGUCGAGCCCUUGCGAAAUCCCCCGGCAUCACAGCUGCAGUGGACUGGUCAGCGAAAAUGAGGCGAUCACGUCAUUUAUAUCCAACGCAGAAAUAAUGGGCGAAGUAAAAACAGUGACAGAUUUUGCACAGAGAAGAGAAUGAACAAUACGGCAGUGCUACUGAUCGAAGAAACAACCUAUAUAUAUGAUUUCCGUAGGACACUGUUCUACUACUGUACCUGUUAGCUGGCAAUCUAAUGGUGUCUGUAAAUGUUUGUACACUUUGGAGAAAACAGUCUUUUAUAAAUGCAAAUACACAAUUAUCAUUAGAAUUGUUGUGGAGAAUGUAAGUAAUGAAAUAGAUAAGUGGACAAUAUGUUUCCCUACAUGUCUAUCUCUCUAUAGAAAGAUUUCACGUUUUUUUUUUUGCACAGUCCGUCGGCCCCACGAACUUCCUGGGAGUGCAUAAUUUUAUCAGCACUGAAUCAAUGAUACUGAAUCAAUGCUGCAAAAAUUAUGUACUCCCAGAAGGCCGUGAGGCUGUUGGUUGUGUAAAAAAAAACCUUUUUUUUACACAAAAAAAACCUUUUUUUUUACGUGGAGAAAGAGAUAUAUAAAGGAGGCAUAUUGUCUAAUUAAAAGUGCAAGGCUUUGGUAAAUAAUUAGAGCUAGUGUAUGCAAUUUACAAGGCCAUGCUUGUGUGCAUAUCCAUGGUUUAAUGGUCAUUUGUUACUACUAUUAUUAGCUAAAAAAAAUGUUUUAAUCGUCAAAUAAAAACUCGAUAUUUAUUGGUUUCUAAACAUUUGUCAAGCAACGUCAAACGGGACGUACACAUUUUGACAGCUGCCUUUUUUAAAGCACUCUGUUUUUGAUUAAUGGUAUAUUUCUCCUAUUUAAACACUGAUAACACAGUCACUCAAAUAGUGUGCUUUACAAUUUGCUUAAAAACAAUGUUUUUUUUUACAACCAUUUCAAAUAACACAAUGGAUAGGCACAUCAUUGUAAGAUAAUUAAUUAUAAGUUCAUAUAUAUAACUGAAUUAGCUGAAAUGUGCAAAUCUAUGGGAAAAAAUGUGGAUAAAACAAAUUUACAAAAACAAACACACAAUUUGGUGUUGGGUUCGGUGGGGCGCUACACGUAGCUUUAAUACGGAAAUAUGUCGGUUGUGUUUCUGGAUUACAAAAGUGUAUGGUACGGUUCAGAGAUAGCAGCAACAGCCAUUGCAUUCAUGAAUGACCCACCUCUUGUGAAAUGAGACGGGAUCAUAGGAGACAGUGCAGAGAGUAGAUUUUGGAGCUGUUUCUGUGAAGUUUAACUGCUCUCGUUAGAUGCACGAAUUUAUUUUUUCUGCCCACUUCAAUUUCCUUUCACUUGCAAAACGACUCAAAGGUCCAAUGGCCUAAGCAGUUCUUUCUUUAAAACAGACUUGAAGAUUAGCCAGGAUUUCCUCAGUAAAGAUAAAAAAACUCUAUAUAUGUAAAUCUGAACUAUGUAGCACAUACAGCAUUCUUUUUUACAUCUUAGACAUUACUGUAUAUAUGCUGGUAAAGAGCAAACACACAAGACCAUUUUUUGUAAUGGAAUAAGUUUCGAGAUAUGUUUAAGUGGCUAUUUAAAAAUGGUGUGUUGCAACAUUUUCAGUCGUCAUACAAUGCAUGUAUGAUACUCUCCCGAUUAUAAGACGCAUAGUUUUCCCCUGUAUUUUUUAACCAAAAGUUGCAAGUGAAUCAUAUAAUCCAGUAGGUGUAUGCGUGCGUGUGUGUAUGUGUGUACAGGGACAGAUUUGUUUUAAAAACUUUAUUAACACCGAGCACAAAGUCUGGGUGCAUUUCACUUUCAAGUGAGCGUGUGUUAUAAUCCGGAGAAUAUGUUAGUUCCACUACAAAAUUACAAUUAUGAGAUUUUAGCAAUAUUGGUAAUUAUAUAAUAUGGCUGUUUCAUUAUAUCAUUUUCUUCAGUAAAAUAAUUUGAACCGCUACAUCUGCAUUCAAAUACAUUACCAGAUAUCCUUUGAGACCGCUAUAUGUUAAAAUGAAAGAAACACCGACAUUUUUGGCACAAUUUUUAUUUUCUGUGACGUUAACAGUAUUUUUGUUCUUGUUAUUUUAGAGUGUUGUGCUAUGAUGUUAUACGAUUUUUUUAUCUAUGUAAGUAUGUGAAUGCCUUACAAACACUGUCCCACAAUGAUCAAUAAUGGUGCCUUCUCAUAGGCAUGAAAACAUGUAGACCGUAAAUAACUAAACUUACACCGGAUUAGAAAUUAACUGUGAUAUGUUAACAUAUGAAGCUUUUGCAGUAUGUGAGAUAGUAUUUUGAAAUGUUAAAUUGGUACUGACACAAGAAAAAGCUCUACUUAACCAUUAUGAGUGGGGCUUUGUUUUAGUUUGCAUUAUACUGAAGAUAUAGGAUCUUAUUCAUGGUGUGGCGAUAAGUAAUUUUCCACCAAAAUUCGGUGGUAAAUUCGCCAACUGUGUGAAAAAUUGCAGAGAUAUGACCACCGACAUUUUUGGAUAUUUUCUGACGAAUUUUCAGUCGAAAAUACCUUUUCGGUAAAUGAAUAAGUAAACUUAAUUUUAUGCAAACUCGUGUACGUGAUAUCCACACAAAUAAAUCAAUAUUUGUUUGUAUGAUGUAAAACUGACCAGAGUGUUAUGUUUUGAACCAUCACAAGUUUAAUCAGAGACCCAAGUUAAAAACAUUUUGGAAAUCUAGGGAAAAUAUCUUUUUUUUCCUUUUGUUAUUAACCAGUAAAGGCUUAUCUAAACCAAAAAACACAGCCUGCUAUAUUUUUCAUAGAGUAGUGUAAAUUGUGUUAGCAUUUAUAUAUGAAUAUAACUUUUCAUUUAAAAUAACAUGACAAUCUUUGAGAGAGAAUGUUGGUUUAUUUUUAUAUGGUUAUAACACUACUUAAUAAAUGGGCAUGGAGAGUUUUUAAUAGAUUCGUGAAUCGUGACUGAAAAUGCCACCCUGGCUAUUUCAGUUCAACACUUAAAUUGUAAACCUUUGAAUUGGCUGUUCACUUCAGUUUUGAGCGAAAAGUCAGGCAAGCAUCAUAGCUGAAAUAAACAAUCUUCCUUGAACAUAGGUGACGGCUGAAUUAUACUGCAUUCGUGAAAGUUGAGAAGUGCACUUUUACUUUUUUCUGUCGUUAAAUUAAGUUCACGUCUGCUUUAUUUAGUUUUCUCUCUCUCGAUCUCGCUCUCUCUCACGAGGCCAACAAUUUAGAGGCACUUACAGAUUGCCAGCCAGCACUUUUCCAACUUUUAAAUACGUUUUCUCUUUACGUCUUGGAAAGUAUCAUUGUAGCUGUGAUGGUGGCAGUGGGAAUUUAACACAUCGACUUCACAAAACGAGACCAAAGGCCUCAAAAAAUAUCAGUCAGAAACAUGAUACGGUGUACACACACAACAUUAUAAAUACUAUGGGUUGCCUUUUGUGCAGUCUUGUAUAAUAAUGGCAUUGUUUAAAACAAUGAUAAAAAUGGGAUUCUUGUUGACAUGCCUAUUGUACAAAUGAAAGCCACUUUUGGCAUACUCGAUCUUACACACAAAUGCGUGUAAUUUUUUUGGUCAUGUGUAUGCUAGAUUCUCAUAGUAUCCAGUUCAACAACACAGGUCUGUGCUGUUAUCGAUUAUAGUUACAGAGGUGUACGUUGCUGUACAGGUAUACCAUUGUUACAUGUAUUGUAUUAUAAAACUUCACAUGUCAUAGAAAGUUGUUGAACUGGCAAAUACGCUGCUUUAAAAAUGCAUGUUCAAUUUUUAAUAUUUUUGUUUCUGUUUCCAUAAGUAUUGUAAGUAAUCAUCAAAGGUACCAUUAAAGUGGACAUAUAGAUGCAAACUUGCUGUUAAUAUGAAGACCAUUUACUGCAAACAAUGCUGUAAAAUUUUGUCAAAAUAAAGUUUGUUUUUUAAAUAAA